GACUAGACAAGGAACUCUCCCCAUCUUGUAAGCCUACCCAGAACCUCCACCUCUGACACCAUGGUCAGCUCUUGUGGCUCUGUCUGCUCUGAAGAGGGCUGUGGCCAAGGCUGCUGCCAGCCCAGCUGCUGCCAAACCACCUGCUGUAGGACCACCUGCUGCCGCCCCAGCUGCUGUGUGUCCAGCUGCUGCAGGCCCAGCUGCUGUGUGUCCAGCUGCUGCAGGCCCAGUUGCUGCAGGCCCCAGUGCUGCCAGUCUGUGUGCUGCCAGCCGACCUGCUGCCGCCCCAGCUGCUGCAUUUCCAGCUGCUGUCAACCCUCCUGUGGUAGCUCCAGCUGCUGUGGUUCUAGUUGCUGCCGCCCCUGCUGCCGCCCCUGCUGCAGCCCUUGCUGCAGCCCCUGUUGCCGUCCCUGCUGCCGACCCUGCUGCCGCCCCUGUUGCCGCCCCUGCUGCUGUCUGAGACCAGUCUGUGGUCAGGUCUGCUGCCAAACCACUUGCUACCGCCCCACCUGUGUCAUCUCCACCUGCCCCCGCCCCAUGUGCUGUGCCAUCCCCUGCUGCUAAAUCUCUUUGAAUAUGCCAUUUAUCUCUUCAAUCUCAGCAGAUGAAGUCCUUCCUUCUAAAAAGUGCAUAGUGUUUGAGGGACUUGAUCUCCUGAGUCCCAGAAGUCAGACUUGUUUGCAAUUGUUCCGUGUGAACAUUCUGACUUCUGUCCAAAACUCUUGCUUAAAAUGAUUUUAUCAAAUACCUCCAAAUAGCUUAACAGAUCUCCCACAACAUGUCUCACCUUGUAUUUUUAUCUAUUCAUCAUGCUGGAGGAAUUUAAAUUAUCCCUGGCACUUAGAUGAGUAUGCAUUUUUAAUCCCCAUGACAUUAAAAUCCACUAAUUGUCUUUUAUAGCUUUUGCAAAGAUUUUUCAUACUUUACUACUUCUGUGUAACAAAAAUAAACAUCCAACACAAGGAUAAUAA